AUGACGGCAAAACGGAUUUCGCCGCAGGGUGAAGGGCGUGCUGGUUGUUCUGCGAAUUUCUCUCGCUGCUUCGUUCAGGCUCUGCUCUUGACUUCUACUUGUUCCUCUUCAGCGGGCAUCUGUCUGUUCAAUUUCCUCUUUGUGCUUAGCGUGUGCGCUGCGCGCCAGGACUGCUCGCACUCAUAUGAGCUAGCGGCAGCCGGCUUCACUGCGCGGAUGUUUUACAGCCGUGUCUGUGUCCGUGUCCGUUCCUGUUUUUUGCCGAACGCGCGUCCGUACAAAGAAGGAGAAGACGGUGCAAUGGCCGGCCUCUGGCACACGAAAAGCGUGCAGGAGGUGCUGAAGCAGCUGAACGUGACAGCCGACGGCGGACUGUCUGACAACGACGUGAAGACACUCAGGGAGAAAUACGGUUUUAACGAGCUUCCGGCGGAGGAAACCAAACCGUUGCUUCAGCUGAUUCUCGAACAGUUUGAUGAUCUUCUGGUGAAGAUCCUCUUGCUCGCCGCCAUCAUAUCUUUCGUAAGUACGAGUUGA